CACUGGUUUUUCAACAACGGUGGUGGACGGCCAUGGCGGGUCCUUACCACCCUUAUUUUUCUGCUUCAUCAAAACCUUUCUUCUUCCCAUACUGGAAGAAAUCCAAUCUAUUAGGCUUGGCCUUAGUCACCCUUCUCUGUUCCCUUGCAUACCUUCUCGGCAUCUGGCAACACAGUGGUGGAGUCCCUUCCAUCUCUCGUCUGGUCAAUUCGGUUCCUUGCAAUGACAUUCAGAGCAAAACCUUCACUCCUAGUUUAGAUUUCACGACCCAUCAUGCCGCCGAUGACUCUCCGACGACGAUGGUUACGAAACAUUACCCACCUUGCGAUAUCAAGUACAGCGACUACACACCAUGUGAAGACACCAAGCGAUCCUUGGAGUUCGAUAGAGAUAAAUUGAUUUACAGGGAGAGACACUGCCCGAAAAGAGGAGAAUUGCUCAAGUGUCGCGUGCCAGCGCCGUUUGGGUACAAAUACCCAUUUAAAUGGCCGAUGAGUCGGGAUUAUGUGUGGUAUGCGAAUGUGCCGCAUAAGGAGUUGACGGUGGAGAAAGCUGUUCAGAACUGGAUUCGAUUCGAUGGAGAUCGAUUCAAGUUCCCCGGUGGUGGUACCAUGUUCCCUAACGGCGCUGAUGCUUAUAUCGAUGAUAUCGGCGAAUUGAUUAAUCUUAAGGAUGGAUCCAUUAGAACCGCCGUUGAUACUGGUUGUGGGGUCGCAAGCUGGGGAGCUUACCUUCUAUCACGUAACAUCUUAACAAUGUCGUUCGCCCCAAGAGAUACCCAUGAAGCUCAGGUACAAUUCGCACUCGAGCGAGGUGUUCCAGCGUUGAUCGGAGUAAUGGCUUCCAUUAGACUUCCUUACCCAUCCCGGGCAUUCGACAUGGCUCACUGCUCUCGUUGUCUCAUCCCCUGGGGUCAAUAUGAUGGGCUAUACCUGAUUGAAGUGGAUAGAGUUCUCCGCCCUGGUGGUUACUGGAUUCUGUCAGGGCCACCAAUCAACUGGCAAAAACACUGGAAAGGCUGGGAAAGAACAAAAGAGGACCUUAAUGCAGAGCAAUCUCAGAUCGAAGCAGUAGCCAAGAGCCUUUGUUGGAACAAACUUGUCCAGAAGGGCGACAUUGCUAUCUGGCAGAAACCCACUAGCCACAUCCAUUGUAAAAAGAAUCGCAAGGUCGCCGGAAAGCCCCAAUUCUGCAAGACAUCACAAAACCCCGACAAGGCUUGGUACACCAAAUUGGAGACUUGCAUAACCCCUUUACCAGAAGUUUCUGACAUUAGCGAAGUCGCCGGAGGUCAGCUUGCUAAAUGGCCACAGAGAUUGAAUGCAAUUCCUCCGAGGAUUAGCAGCGGAAGUGUGACCGGAAUCACAGCAGAGAUGUUCAGAAAAGAUACAGAGCUGUGGAACAGAAGGGUUGGAUAUUACAAAGCUAUUAACAAUCAGCUUGGGCAGAAAGGAAGUUGCCGUAACUUGUUGGAUAUGAAUGCUUACUUAGGAGGGUUUGCAGCUGCACUUUCUGUUGCUGACGAUCCAGUGUGGGUCAUGAAUAUCGUCCCUACAGAGGCAAAAAUCGACACGCUUGGAAUCAUCUACGAACGUGGAAUGAUCGGAACGUAUCAAAGCUGGUGCGAAGCCAUGUCUACUUACCCAAGAACAUACGAUCUCAUUCACGCUGAUUCGAUCUUUAGUCUAUACGAGAACAGAUGUGAAACAGAAGAUAUUAUUUUGGAGAUGGAUAGAAUACUUAGACCUGAAGGCUCUGUAAUCAUCAGAGAUGAUGUAGAUGUUUUAGUGAAGGUGAAGACUGUUAUCGAUGGCAUGAAUUGGGAUAGUCAAAUAGUUGACCAUGAAGAUGGGCCCCAUGUAAGGGAGAAGCUUCUAUUUGCAAUGAAGUUAUAUUGGACAGCUCCUCAGUCUAGUUCAGAUCAAGACCCUAAUACAGCUUCUUAGGUUUUACAAUUUUUUUUUCUUUCAAUUCUUCUCUAUCUCUUCUCUCAAAUUGUUCUUUGUAGUGUUUCAUUGUCUCAACCUUUACAAAUUCUUUCAAAUCUCUGUUUUUAGUCUAAACCAUGUUUAGCUGAUAGGGUUGAAUUUGAAUUUGUACAUGGUUCAGAAAAGGGAGGUGGCUCAACUCACCACCAACCCCGAGGGUUCACCAGCUUUGACCAAAUU